AUGCUCUCAGCAAGGGCAGUUACCAUAAAUGAUUCCCAGGCUCAGCGCGGCUGAUGAGCUCAGCGUCCCAGUCGUCAACAGACAAUGGGAUGAACUGGGCCCGGGAAGCACCGGGAGGAGAGUUUCUCCAGAUGCAAGUAUUUAGAAAUAACAUUCCCAGCUGUGCUAAAGGCGGUCACGGAGCUUCUGCACUUUCCAUCGUGAAACUCCCACUGUCCCCGUCCCCGCAGCAUCGCCGCGGGCAGCUGCCCGGCUCUCGGGCACGCGGUGGGGAGGGAACCGGGGGUUUUCUGCGUGCUGGCAGCCGGCAGGUCUCGCCGGAACAGAAACCUGCUAGCCCCUGGAGGGGAAAAAAUGAGUCUAGGCUGCCGUGCAAGUGGCUUGGGCUUGAGGUGAUCUGGGCUUCGCUCCUGGUGGGCAGCUGUAUGGCUGAAUUCCCUUUCCAGUGCGAGUGGGCAAGGGCCUGUUUCCAGGGACAGCAGGGGUCCAUCUGGGGUGGGCUCGGCUUCCCUGGGAUGCGAGUGUCUGCCUGGGAAUCGUCAUUUCAGCGGGGACCGUCAAGGAGAGGGACCCCGGUGCCCAGCAAAGGGACGCGCUGGCCCGGGCAGAGCACUGGGGUCAGCCUCGGUGUUCAGGUGGGGGUCGACGGUCGUGCGUGGGAGGUGGCCUGGCUCCCCCCCGGCUGGCACACACCGCGGUGCCGGCCACAGCUCCCGCAGAGUCCUCCCUUGUGGCGUCCCACCCCUCUCCCCUUCUGCAACCGCUCUGCAGCCAUCGGCACGGCGUCGGCUCGGGGCUGCGGUGCCUGAGGAGGUGACAGCCGGAGGACGGUGGUCCAGAAAGCGCCGAGCUCCCGUAACACCGUGCUGGUGUGUGUGGUGGACGGUGCCGUUGGGGUAGUGGGGAUUCCUCUCUGGAGAAGGAGUUCAGCUCGGCGAUCGUGGGACCCACGGUGAGCACACCCAACAGCCAGCAUUCCUCCCCGAGCCGCUCUCUCAGUGCAAACUCCAUCAAGGUGGAGAUGUACAGCGAUGAGGAAGCCAGCCGGCUGCUGUCACAGGACGACCGGAUGCUCGAGAAGGAGGACAGCGUGAUCGUGGAGGACUCGCUCUCGGAGCCCCUGGGCUACUGCGACGGGACGGGCCAGGAGCCACACUCCCCUGGGGGCAUCCGGUUGCCCAACGGCAAGCUGAAAUGUGACAUCUGCGGGAUGGUGUGCAUCGGCCCCAAUGUGCUGAUGGUGCACAAGCGCAGCCACACCGGAGAAAGGCCCUUCCACUGCAACCAGUGCGGAGCCUCCUUCACCCAGAAGGGAAACCUCCUGCGCCACAUCAAACUGCACUCCGGCGAGAAGCCCUUCAAAUGUCCCUUCUGCAACUACGCCUGCCGCAGGAGGGACGCGCUGACCGGCCACCUGCGGACACACUCCGUCUCCUCCCCCACCGUCGGCAAGCCCUACAAGUGCAACUACUGCGGCCGGAGCUACAAGCAGCAGAGCACGCUGGAGGAGCACAAGGAGCGGUGCCACAACUACCUGCAGAGUCUCAACACUGAACCGCAGUCGCUGGCCGGCCAGCAAGGUGACGAGAUGCGAGACCUGGAGAUAGUGCCGGAUUCUCUGCUUCACCCCUCGUCCGACCGGCCGACGUUUAUCGACCGGCUGGCCAACAGCCUCACCAAACGGAAACGCUCCACACCUCAGAAAUUCGUGGGGGAGAAGCAGAUGCGAUUCACCCUCUCGGAUCUCCCCUUCGACGUGAAUUCCGGCUUCGAGAAGGACGUGGAGAUGGUCUCUGCCCACCACCCCCUCGACCCCUCCUACGGCGGCUCCCUCUCCCUGAUGGGGGGGGAGCACCUUCGCCCCCUCCGCCUCCCCCCCACAAACUGCAUCUCGGAGGUCACCCCCGUCAUCAGCUCCGUCUACACCCAGAUCCAGCCCCUGCCGGGCCGGUUGGAGAUGCCGGGAGGUCGGGAAGCUGCCGAAGGGCACGAGGACGUGGCGGACGCGGUACAGGUGGUUUACCGGAGCCGAGAACCCACGUCUCCCGCCAACGGCUGCCAAGAUUCCACGGACACCGAGAGCAACCACGAAGAGCGGAGCUCGCAGCUGCCGGCGGGGACCUGCGCCAGCAGCCGCCAGAGCCCGGCUUACGCCAAAGAGGAUCCCAAAGCGCCGGAGGGACCCCCGGCCGCCCGCGUCACCCCCAGCUCCGCCAAAGACGCCCUGCGGGUGGUCAACGAGGAGGGGGAGCAGAUCAGGGCCUUCAAGUGCGAGCACUGCCGCAUCCUCUUCCUCGACCACGUCAUGUUCACCAUCCACAUGGGCUGCCACGGCUUCAGAGACCCUUUCGAAUGCAACAUCUGUGGCUACCACAGCCAGGACCGGUACGAGUUCUCCUCCCACAUCGUGAGGGGCGAGCAUAAAAUCGGCUAAAAUAUCCCCCCCCCCUCCCCCAACAACACCCCGUAUCCCCCCCCCUCCUCCCCAAAUCCAUCCCCGUCCCCCUUUCCUCUGCCUCCAGCUCGGCCCCUCUCCAUCCAUCCCCCCUUCCCAGCCCCCCCGGCCUUUUAGGGCACGGAACUGUUGGGGUUUGGUUUUGUUUUUGGUUUUUUUGGGGGUUUUUUGGGGGGUUUUUUUUUGUUUUUUUUUUUUCUUUUCCUUUUAUACGCCUUUGCACUGACUUUUGGCUACAAAAAUAUUUGAAAAAAAAAAUAAAAAAGAAAAACAGCGAUAACUAAAAAACAAAACCAAAAAAAAAAAAAACCAACAAAAAAAAAACCCAACAAAACAAACACAAAACCAAACACAAAACCAACCGCCCCCCCCACCCCACCCCACCAGGAGGAGGUGGGGAUGGGGGGCAGGGGGGGAAGCUCUUAACAAUUUGCCUUUUUAUAAUGGAGUUAUUUAAAUAUUAACGGACUUUUUUUGUGCUUCCCGCUGCCCCCCCCCCCAAACUCCCUCCGUUAUUUAUUAAGCUGCUUAGUUUCUCUUUUUAUAACUCUUUCCCCCCUCCCCUUCCCCCCCCCCCCCCCAUUCCCCGAAGUCUCACUUGAAUUUUUGAGACUGUUUUUUCCCCCCCCCCCCUUUUUUCUCUCCCCCUCCCCAACCCGGGUCCCGGUUUCGGGGCCCUUUCCUUGGUGCGAGCCCGGUGUUGCCCCUCCCCG